AUGUCCUCAAGACAGAGCACCGUUCACGGAAUCGUGAACCAGAACGAAAAACCUGAGCCUGAUCAGGUUCUCCAGGACAUUGCUGAUUAUGUUCACAACUACGAGAUUACUUCUCCUCUAGCUUGGGAAACUGCACGUCUGUGCCUUAUCGAUACCUUGGGAUGCGGUCUGGAGGCAUUGAAAUUUCCUCAAUGCACGGAUCUUUUAGGGCCUGUUGUGGAAGGCACCGUCGUCCCAAACGGCACCAAGGUUCCUGGAACUCCUUACCAGCUUGACCCAAUCCGUGGAGCUUUCAACAUUGGUACUGCCAUUAGAUGGCUCGACUACAACGACUGUUGGCUUGCUGCUGAGUGGGGUCAUCCCUCUGAUAACUUGGGUGGUAUUCUUGCGGUAGCGGAUUGGCUUGCCCGUACCAAUAAGGCUAAGGGACUUGCCGCACCUAAGAUCAAGGAUGUCCUUGAAGCCAUGAUAAAAGCACACGAAAUCCAGGGAUGCCUUGCCCUCGAAAACUCCUUCAACCGUGUUGGUCUCGACCACGUUGUUCUCGUCAAGGUCGCUACCACCGCGGUUGUGUCCAAGCUCCUUGGACUCAACCGCGACCAAACCAUUGAUGCUGUUUCACAGGCAUGGGUUGAUGGCCAGUCUCUUCGUACUUACCGCCAUGUUCCUAACACAAUGUCUCGAAAGUCAUGGGCUGCCGGUGAUGCUUGUUCUAGAGCUGUCAAUCUUGCAUUGAUGGUUAAGAAGGGAAUGGGAGGUAUUCCGUCUGUCCUUACCGCCAAAACAUGGGGUUUCUAUGACGUUCUUUUCAAGUCCGAGGGCUUCAAGUUUCAGCGUCCUUAUGGUUCAUACGUGAUGGAGAACGUCCUCUUCAAGAUCUCUUUCCCCGCCGAAUUCCACUCACAGACAGCUUGCGAAGCUGCCAUGACUCUCCAUAGUGAGCUUAAGCGCCUUGAAAAGACUACCGAUGACAUUGCCUCAGUCCGUAUUCGGACUCAGGAAGCUGCGAUCAGAAUCAUCGACAAGAAAGGACCUUUGAACAACUAUGCUGAUCGCGAUCACUGCAUCCAAUACAUGGUUGCUGUUCCCCUCAUCUACGGCCGUCUCACUGCUCAGGAUUACACCGACGAAGUUGCUUCGGAUCCUAGAAUCGAUGAGCUGAGAGCCAAGAUGGAGUGUGUGGAGGACAAGAACUACUCUCUUGAGUACCACGCGCCGGACAAGAGGAGUAUCGGAAACGCCAUUCAGAUUACCCUCAACGAUGGAACUGUGUUGGACGAGGUUGCAGUCGAGUACCCUGUUGGACACAAGUUCAGACGUGCGGAAGGAAUCCCAUUACUAUUGGAGAAGUUUGAGAGACACGUUUCUGGCCACCUUGGAAAGGCGCAAACGGAAAAGAUUAUGAAGGCGAGUGAGAAACUAGAGAGCGUCCAGGAGUUGGACGUAGAUGAGUAUGUCAAUCUGUAUGUCACAGAGAAAUAA